GCUGAAGCAAUAUUUUGUGCACUCAUGCUUUAGGUAGCCUACAUUCCACGUCUAACUCAGCCACUGCAACUGCGAAGCUCAGAAAAUGUGCAGGACGCUUCAUUUUGGAUGAAUCCACAAUGGCUUCUAGGCCAACGAAAGAGUCUUAUGCUCUCGUUCCAGACUACUAGAUCUGUCCAUGGAGACACUCGUCACAUGAUCUACUUCUUCAUCACUCGUGAGGAGCCACUCAAGCUGUACUCGGGAGAAUUCGAUGCGCAACGAGCGGAGAUACUCAGCAGGUCCAUGGCAAAGGAGAGGAGGUUGUGUAUGGGAUAAGUUGAUAAGCAGCUUCGCUUUCGAGGAUCCCCAGCCUUUCUGGCUGUUGGCGAAGCUCGCGGUACCGGCAUUCAGCCUGCUCCAUCCCCAAGGAAACACUGGCAAAGAGUUGACAGGUCACAGCAGCUCUCAACGUCACAGCGCACCUUAGUGCAUCCGCGUGGGCGCAUCUGCACCCGGGCUAGGCCGUGAUACAGAUUGAAGACCAUGUCUGGCAUGUCAAUUGAUGCACUGGUCACAGCAUGCAUCCCCAUGUUAUCCGCAUCGGACAAAAGCUCGUCAGCAGCAUAGUCUUAUGCAGAGCGUUCGGAAAGUGGUCAGUUGUGCAGGAGCGCGCAGCUCACAUACCUCAUGUAGCCGCUGGUAUAAGAAGCACGCCGAAUGUCAAGCAAUGCACGAGAAUCUCUGGGCGCACUUCAAGCCUAUUGCCGAGAAUCCUUCCCUCUUGUUGGCACAGUGAGGUUUGAAAGAUGGGCCAAAUAUGACGGACAUACUUGUUUGUUCCGAAUUCGUGAGAGAAUGGAAGGCAAUUCAUCGAAGAGUCAUCGUUGUGUGAUAUUACCUACCUUACCUUAUUAUUGUCCAAGAUAACACUACUUCCUAGUGCUUCUCUUCCUCCGCGGCAGCUCAGGACGAAAUGCCAAUCGGACGAGUCGGGCCGUCAGACCGGCGGGACGCCGAACAAGAGAUUCCGACUUUCCGUGUGGGAGAGUGGAGGGGAAGGGAAGGGCAACAAAUACAUGUGUACCUGAAUCAUGCCUCGGUGAAAGGGCCGACAGGAAGGCUUCCUGCUCGCCUCUGGCCAAAAUGAAGGUGGUAAUGGUAUAGUAGGUACUUCAACCACUGUACCUCUCUCUCUCUCACACACACCCACCACCCAUCUCGCGCCCGCCCGCCCGCCCGCCAACUCAUAUACCGUCUACGAGACCACCCACAACCCCACACCCACAUACACGAUUGGGACCGGCGACUGGGCGGAACCACCGAGCUGUAUGCAUUCGAAGGCCACCCACCACUCACUCCAUCGACGCGCCGCCGCCGAGUCCUACGAUUCCCGUCUGCUCUUCUGGCCGACGUGACGAAGCAUUGAUAGGCGUUCGGUUGGCACACAUAUACACACUGCUCUCGACAGAGAGCACACCUAGAGUUUGCAAUGGCAUGGGACCAACUCUCCAUCAACAAGCCGCAUCUGGUGUACAUCAUCCUGGGCGGCUUCACUAGUCUGUUCAUGUUAUGCUCGUCGGUGAUCAAAGAGCGAUUGUACAUCGGCGAGGCGACAGUGGCCACCAUCUGCGGCAUCAUCUUUGGCCCGCACGCUGCGAACUUGAUCAACCCAUUCACCUGGGGCAACACCGAUCAGAUCACCCUGGAAUUCUCCCGCAUUGUCCUGGUGGUACAAUGUUUCGCCGUGGGUGUCGAGCUGCCCAAGGCUUACAUGGAACGCCAUUGGCGAUCCGUCACCUUCUUGCUCAUUCCAGUCAUGACUUUUGGCUGGCUCGUCACCAGUCUGUUCAUCUGGGGACUCUUGCAUCAACACUUGAGCUGGCUUGAAAGUUUGGCCGUCGCUGCCUGCGUUACCGCGACGGAUCCUGUCCUUGCUUCUUCAGUCGUUGGAAAAGGCAAGUUUGCAAAGCGUGUCCCCAAGCAUAUCCGAGACCUGCUGUCUGCAGAAUCGGGGUGCAACGAUGGAAUGGCGUUUCCCUUCAUUUACCUGGCCUUGUACAUCAUCAAGUACCGACCUAAUGCAGGAGAGGUCUUCUAUCACUGGUUCUGUUACACCAUUCUUUACGAGUGUAUCUUUGGUGCCUUCUAUGGUGUGUGUGUAGGCUACAUAGCGAGACGCGCCAUUCGAGCUGCCCACGAGAGGGACAUCAUUGACCGAGAGUCUUUUCUGGUCUUCUACUUCGUUCUGGCUCUCUUCUGCGCUGGAUCUGGCUCUCUGCUUGGCUUGGACGACUUGCUCGUUGGCUUUGCGUGUGGAGUCGGGUUUAGUAAUGAUGGGUGGUUCACCGAAAAGACAGAGGAGUCGCACGUGUCUAACGUGAUCGAUUUGCUGAUCAAUCUGGCCUUCUUCGUGUACUUUGGCACUAUCAUUCCGUGGGAGCAGUAUAACUCGGGCAAUCUGGGGCUGGAUGUCUGGAAAUUAAUCGUCAUUGCGUUGCUGGUUCUGUUCUUCCGGCGCAUUCCCAUCAUGAUGGCACUCAAGCCCAUCAUACCAGACAUCAAGACCUGGCGCGAAGCGCUCUUUGCUGGACAUUUCGGACCCAUUGGUGUCGGCGCCAUUUUCGUGGCAAUCUUGGCACGUGCCGAGCUUGAAACGGACUCCACAACACCUUUGGCGACUCUCCCUCCAGAGACGACUGAAGAGUACAACGUCAUUUACCUCAUUUGGCCAAUUACGACCUUCCUCGUGGUGACCUCUAUCGUUGUGCAUGGCUCGUCCAUUGCGGUGUUCACGCUCGGCAAGCACAUCAACACUCUGACUCUGACAAUGUCAUAUACACAAGGCAACGAGCAAGGGCCCUCCUGGAUGGAACGUUUACCGCGAAUUCAGUCUCGAUCAAAGAGUUCCAUGUCUGCUGCAUCGCUCGACGAGCAGACAGGCGCUGGUGGGCUACCAAUCGCUGCCCCCGGCACCUUCUUGAGGCGGCAGAAGGAGGAAGACAACCCGAGCCGGGCCUCUUCACGCCAUCGUUCCCGCAGAAGCAAGAACUGGGAGAACGGUUGCGGACCUGGUGGUCCUAUCAGUCAAUCUGCAAUUGCCCCUGUGUCAAGACGCGAGCAAGAACACAAUGACUGGAGAGCGAGUGACUCCGAUACUCUUGCUUUGAAGAGUGAUCCGCCUUCAGCAUCAGAUGAGAAGGACGGCAAUGCCUCUCAGGACGAGGAUGGCCCGGGUGAGAUCUUUGAGGAAGGGAAAGACACGGUAUACGAAGACAAGGAAGGCAAUGUUCUUGCUGUAGAGAAGAGCAAAGAGGAGCAAGGUUCGCCAAAUCGAGGGAGAAAGGAAGAGCGCGAAGGUCGACGUCUGAUGCAUAAGGAGCACGCUGAUGCAAAUCAUGGCGUGGCGCCCACAAAGGACGACCCCGCUACCGAUCCCGGACAUGAGGCUGUGCGUGAGGCGAAGACGGUGGAAGAAAAGCUCGAGAGACCUGGCAAAGGCUGGCGUGGUGGUCUGAACAAGUUGAACUCCAUGACGGGCGACGCGAUGCGUCGCCGUCGCGAGGAGAGACCGCCAAAAUCUGAGCAAUCAAAAGAGCCUCGCGGUCCAGCACGUGCAUACCAGUAUGGCAAUACCAUCAUUGUCGAAGACGAAGACGGUGAAGUCAUCAAGAAAUACGACAUUCCGGCACCUGAGCGCAAGGGAAGCUACACCGCGGAUCCAGGACAGUCCAGACAUCGUAUUGGUCAGAUGGGCAAGAUGCUCGGCCUUGGCGGUAAGGACGGCAAGGGCGAGUCGGGAGCUGCUGGGCCUUCCUCCAGUGUUGAUGCUCCAUCCGGCGGCAAUAAACAGAACGACGACGAGCGCCUUCGAUUCACGAUCACACAGGGUGGUCGGCGGAUGAGCAAAGCCGAAUUCAUUGACAAGAUUCGGCAGAUGGACCCCAAGAGCCGUGUCGAGGCGGUGGAAGACAGUAACGCACCGGAAGCCGUCAAGCGUGAAGCACGCAUCGACGCCCGCGAGCAAGCACAAGCACAAGCUUCUCGAGAUCGAGCGGUGUCUGAUCCCAAGCGCCAUCGUAACGCCAUACCUGUGGUGAAUGAGAAUCCAGAAGCCGAGAAAGAGGCAGGCGUUGCUAAACUUGCACGGACCGUCACUGAAGAAUCGGAUGAGGGUGAUGUGCACCUGGUCGACUCUGGAGGCCAAGAAGUACCCUUCCACGAUGUAACGUAUAACUUGAGAUCUCGCCAAGCCGAUCAGGGCGAGACAGCUGCCGAGCGUCGGCGUAGGGUCGCGCUUGAACAGCAAACAGCGGAGGAUUCCGACUCUGAGGACGACGGUACAGAUCGCGUGCCUCCUGCCAGACGGCCCGUGCCAGUAACCGGUGCAAGCUCAAUUUCACCUCAUGGCCGAAACGUGAGCGACGCUGGUGAAACCGCUGCCGAGCGCAGACGUAGAGAAGGAGCGCUAGGUAUCAGCCGUGAGGAGAGCGACAGUGAAGAGGAGGAAGAGGUGACGGAGGCUCCUCAGCCUCGCGGCAUUCGUUUUGCGGAUCAACCAGAGGCACCUUCGAGACCAGCAGAAGGUAGCAGUAGUACUUCUCGUCCUCGGCAGAGCGCUCUUCGGUGGGGAAAGAAUGUUGGGAGGUAAUACAUGAUUGCACGAAGACAUGAGACUGUUGUGAUCCACGAAUCUUGCUUGCUGCAUGGUACAUUUACCUGUGCAUAUGGCUUUGGAGAUUUGCCUGAAUGAGGUGUUAGGGACAUAGAACGAUGUACAUAGGGUAUUAUUGACGACCAACCAUACCACAUCAUGCUUUCUUCCGG